UUCAAGACGAAAGGAAACGAGUGUUUCUGUUUGGGUUAAAUUAUUUUGAACUUAAUUAAUGUAAUAUUAUAUUAUUUUUUAACAAAAUGUCUGGUUCAUAUAGAUUUCAGAAUUUCUUCAACACUUUAUACUACAGACUGUCAGAACCAGAAAGACAACAUUUGAGGAAUGUAUACAGUUGUGUAGCAUUAUCCACCUUUGUUGCUGCAGCUGGAGGAUAUAUUCAUGUCUCAACAGACUUUUUGCAGGGAGGAAUGUUGAGUAGUUUGAUUUCCUUUGCUUUUCUGACUGCCUUAGCAACAACGUCAUACAAUGGCAAGAACACCACCAUCAGAUUAGGAUUUCUCUUGGCUUUUGCCUUUUGUGCAGGACUUAGUCUGGGUCCACUUCUAGAGAUUAUCAUCAUGGUAAAUCCUAAGGUCAUUCCGUCAGGAUUUCUUGCUACAUCUGUUAUAUUCAUCUGCUUCAGUCUUUCUUCUAUUCUGAGUGAACAAGGGAAAUGGCUUUUCAUUGGAGGCAGUCUCUUUUCACUUUUGUCUACUGUGGCUUUAAUGCAUCUUGUAAACAUGAUGGUUGGGUCAACAUUCCUUUUUCAGGUUAAUCUCUACAUUGGUCUCGUUGUUAUAUGUGGCUUUAUUUUGUACGAUACUCAGAUGAUAAUAGAGAAACAAAGAAGUGGUGAAAGGGACUUCAUCUGGCAUUCAGUAGACCUGUUUCUGGACUUUGCAGACCUGUUUCGAAAGUUACUGGUUAUUCUGACUCAAAAGGAGAAUUCAAGGAAAACACGACAAAAGGAAAAUGAUGAUUCUAAGAAAGAAUAAUGAUGAAAUACACGUUUUCUCUUCUCUUAGCUAUUGAAGUGAACCAAACUGCUUGCUUGUGCUUGUCAUACUGAAUGAGAAUAUUUGUCUGACUUAAGCACUUCUUAACCAACCAUAUUUUGAUUAAUUUAUUCUAUCUAAUAAGUGUUUUUUUAUGCGAUCAUGUAAUUCAAUAGUUAUUUAUGUGUAUACUUUAUGUUAAAGAAUUGUUAAUAUUAGGUGCCAGAAUUAGCUGUUUAUUACUUUCAAAAGCAGGAGAACAGUAGUGCUACCAAACUUGGCACAUAUUUUCAUUCUACAAAUCAACGAAAACAUUGUAUUUAAGAAAUCAAGAGCACACAGGGAGAUGCCUCGGGUAUUACUUGGAGACCUUAAUGCUUUCUGUUAAAUGCUUUUUACAUGUAGUUUGCUAUAUUGGUGAAAACUACUGUCAGGUGAACAGUGUAAGAAAGACAGUUAAGAAGUUCUAAGCUUUUACUGUUAUAACAACAUUUGAAAGAAUAUCUUUUUGUACAUAAGGCAUGGAAAGGAGCAAGCAUUUUGCCUGAUGUACUGCCUUGUCUUAUUUUUCAUAUACAUUUAGAUGACCGAAAUUUAUAGGUACUAAUAUACCUCAACAAAUAUUUACUAGGCUAGUUAUGUUCCAAAUACUUCUUUAAAAUUUGUAUAACAUUCUCUUUGAUUGACAUUAAAGCUAUCUCAUAUCAUGCAUGUUACCACACGGAAGCUGGAAACCAGAUUACUGUUCACAGUAAACUUUGUCAUUUUGUUCUGUUUAAGUAACUGGAAAGUCUUUUAGUGUGGUGUUAGAUCAUUGAAAGCUUUAAAAAAUAUUGUAUAAGCUAGUUAAGUAGUUUUAAAGUAUUGUUAACAUACUUUCGAUGCCAUUAAUUGUCAGUAUUGUUUUAAUCAUGCGUAAAAUGACUGACAGAAUCAACAGAUGACGAUCCAUAUAAAUAAGGUUAAUGUAUAUGUGUCAUCAUGCUACAAAAAUAGCUUUUACAUGGAAUGCUUCAAAUUGUUUAUGCCAUCCACUCACAGCUUGUAUAUGUAUUUAAAAAUAGCAUUAAUAUAACACUUACAGUUUCUGAUAAUGAAGUUAGAAAAUAAAUGUUUGUGUGUGCGUGUAUAUACAUUUAUGUCUUUAUUAUUAUUUAACACAAAUUAUUAAUUUGUUUUUUACAUGAUAUUCAUCUAUGUGUACAUUAUCUAAGUAUUAAAAAUUAAGUAAGAAUGAAGAUUUGGUAAAAGAAACUGAGAUUAAGUUUUGUUCAGUAGUAGUUAGUAUGUAUAUAUAUAUAUCUGUAUCUUUAUUUCAACAGUAACUUCAGGCAUUUAGUAUGUUUUACAAAGUAAUUUGUGUUGUUUCUUGGUUUUAAUAAAGUUGCUAGAACCUAACCAACUGCUAAAACUAUAGUCAGAUAUACUAGAUCAUAAUAUACAAAUAACUUGUUUUAUUUUUUUAUAUUGUCAUGAUCUCUUGUAUAUUACAUUUACUGUCCUGUCAUUAAUUAGUAGUGUUAAGAUCUCUUAGUGUGUAUCUAGUCCUAUACUGGCUAAGUCAGUACUUAUUUUCAUUAUUUAAUGAUAAGAUUUUUUUUUUUUUAGUUUUAAUGAUGUCUACAGUAGUAAGGAAAGAAAAUCUUGCAUGUGUAGAACUAAAGAGAGCUUCUUACCAAUGAUUGUGGAAGAGGAGAGAUAAUAUCUAACAAGAAUGAGUAUGGAAUUAAGGCUUAUCAAUGAUCUGUGUGCAAGUUAGAAAAGUAAUAUCUCAUUAAUGAUGUGUGUGGAAGUUAUGAAAGCUUAUCAGUGAUGCUUAUAGAAAGAAAUAAUACCUUCAGUAAAAUACGCUGGAGUGUAAACAUGUUUCAUAGAAAAGAAAACGUUUUUCCCAGUAAUAAAUUUAUCAUCUCAAUGUUUUGCUUUGUGACAUCUUUAGAAGGUUAAAACCCUAUUGAUAGUGCUAAUAGGCUCAGAACCAAGGGUUGAUUAAGGUGGGGUCUGUAGCCCCAGACCCAGACUCAAAAAAAAAAAAGGUCCAUUAUGAGGUUAAGUUUUUUUUUUUACUUCAGUCACAAUCAUAAUAGGCCCUGGUGGAAAACUUUUGUCCUAGGCCUGUCUGACCCUUAAUUCAGAACAGCCAACUCUGUAUUAUCUAGUAGUUGUUCUAAGUCCACCACAAUGAUCAAUUGUGUUAACCUUUUGAAAAAGCCACAAAGCUAAGCAUUCAGUUAAUAAAAAGUUUUUCUUUGGGGUAAUAUCUCAACGUUUUAUGAGGAAGUAAAGAAAGAAUAACGUGUUAAUGGUGUAUGUGGAAGUAAGGAAAGAAUAGCUUAUGAAUGGUGUGCAUGUAUGUGGAAGUACAUGUAAGGGGAGAAUAAGUUGUUAGUUAUAUGUGUGGUAGUAAGGAGAAAAUAUAUUAUCAAUGAUGCAUGUAAAAGAAUAACUUAUUAAUGAUAUGUG